GCAAAACCCGCAGAAACCUGGAACCCUCGAUAUGCUUGGCAGCAGAGCAGCAACAGCAGCUCGAGCGGCUAGGAAUCGCGCAAUCGCCAGAAAGCACGACGGUUUGAUUACCCUUCUUUCUUCGCUUACACCUUCUGUCGCUUCCCGAAUACCUGUAGAAUCUUCACCAACUGCACCUUUGGCCGAGCUAGAUCGACGAGAAUUCAACUCUUCGUUGGCAAUUGCAAGAAAAUUUCGCGAAAGGGCACGUGCUGCACCGCUUUGCGAAACCGGACCUUCUUUCGCGACCCGUCCGCUCCGCGUGACAUCCUCCGAUCUUCGCACAUCUCUCUACAGCACCGAGGCUGCUUCCAGCGGACCCAACGCCGAGCCGUUCGACUUCGCCGCGGCAGUGGGGAUGGCGGGCGGGAAAGCCCCGCGGAAGGGCAAGGAUGGCGCGUCGCGGCGAUUCCAAGGAAUAGAGUUCCAGAAGAGCAAGGGGCAGCACAUUCUCAAGAACCCCAUGGUCGUGCAGUCCAUCGUUCAAAAGGCCGGGGUCAAGUCGACUGACACCGUGCUGGAAAUCGGGCCCGGAACAGGCAACCUGACGAUGAAGCUGCUGGAGGCGGGGAAGCGCGUGGUGGCGGUGGAGCUGGACCCGCGCAUGGUGCAAGAGCUGUCGCGCCGCGUGCAGGGCACGCCGCUCGAGAACAAGCUGCAGAUCAUCCAGGGCGACAUUCUGAAGGUGGAGCUGCCGUACUUUGACAUCUGUGUGGCCAACAUCCCGUACCAGAUCUCGUCGCCCAUUGUGUUCAAGCUGCUGUCGCACCGCCCGAUCUUCCGCGCCGCCAUCAUCAUGUUCCAAAAGGAGUUCGCGCUCAGGCUGCUCGCACGCCCGGGGGACAACCUGUACUGCCGGCUCAGUGCGAAUUCGCAACUGCUGGCACGCAUACACCACCUGCUCAAGGUGGGGCGCAACAACUUCCGCCCGCCGCCCAAGGUGGACUCAAGCGUGGUGCGCAUCGAGCCACGGCACCCGCUCCCCCCGAUCAACCUGCAGGAGUGGGACGGGCUGCUGCGCCUCUGCUUCUCGCGCAAAAACAAGACCCUGGGGGCGAUUUUCCGGCAGAAGAACGUGCUGAACCUGCUGCAUGAAAACAUGCUCACUUUCCAGGCGCUGCAGGCAGCAGGGGGGGCUGGGGGAGGGAGUGGUGCGGGAGAGGGGAGGGUUACAGAUGUGUUUAUGAAGGAUGAUGACUGGGAGGAGGGUGAGGUGGCGGGGGAUGGGGAGGAGGAGGAUGGGGUGGAGGCAAUGGAGGAGGAGGAGGAGGGUGCGGGGGGUGGGGGAGGGAGGGGGAAGGGGGGAAAGGGGAAGGGGGGGCCACUGCCAGAGUUUAAAGAGAAAGUGCUGGAUGUGUUGAAAGCGGAGGGGUAUGAAGACAAGCGGUCGUCCAAGCUGUCUGAGGAUGACUUUGUGCAUCUACUGGCGAUUUUUAACCGCGCAGGGAUCCAUUUCGGCUGAUUUGUAGUUGGAGUUGGUGAAUGCUUUCUUCAUAUAGCCCGUUUCACUGCGCUGUAUUGUGCUGCUGCUGUCAAUGCUGUGGGGUGGGAUGUGCUACUCUGUAUGCAGUGGGCAAAUUCCUGUAUCUAUGGUGCUUGUUUUGUUGCCCGCAAUCUGAAAGAAUGCCGGUCCGAAAUGGUAUCCGUAAGGGAAACAGUGUCUGUCAACCAUAUUGUG